AUGGCAACGGAACAGCUCCCUGGAAAAUCUGAGGAGGAGGAGAAGGAGGAGAAGGAGGAGGAGGAGCAUGGUUUGGAAUGUGCUGAAGAGGAGAUAACUGAGUCCCAAACAUAUAAUCCACAGGAAAAAGGGGGGCAAAACUCAGACGAGACAAUGGGGCAAAUUACUGAGAAAACAACAGAGGCCUUUAAUUUCCUAGCUAAAGGUGAAAAUCAGAGAGCAAUUGAUUUACUCUCUGGCGUCAUCAAGCUGAAUCCAUACCUUGCCAGCUCAUACAUUAACAGAGCCAGCGUCUUCUUGCAGCUGCAAAAGCCAAGUAUGGCCAUUAGUGACCUUGACAGAGCUAUUGAACUYGAUCCUAAUUCAGCAAAGGCCUACAAAUUCCGAGGAAAAGCCCUUCAGCUUUUGGGACAAUUAAAAGAAGCAGCCUGUAACAUUUCCCUGGCUUGUAAAUUGGAUUCUGAGGGGCAGGCGAAACUUGAUUGGGAGGGAGAGGCCAGUGAAGAGACCGAGAUUGCUGAGAGUGAGCUGGAGAUAGAUAAUGCAAGGGUGGUUGAACCAGAAGAAGAUGAGCUCCCAGAGAUGGGAGAUGAGAACCUGAAGGUAACUAGUGACAUGAUGAAGCAGGCGGAUGAAAAGAAGAAUGAGGCUUUUGAUGCAGUAAGAAGAGGCGAAUUUCGAAGAGCUAUUCAGCUCUUUACUGAUGCCAUCAAACUGAAUCCUCGGUUUUCUACUCUGUAUGCCAACCGGGCCAGUGUCUUUGUGCGGCUGCGGAAGCCAAAUGCUGCCAUCAGAGACUGUAACAAAGCCACAGAAAUCAACCCAGAUUCUGCACAGCCCUACAAAUGGAGAGGGAAGGCGUAUUGGCUCCUGGGACACUGGAAGCAGGCAGCCAAGGACUUUGCAUUGGCUUGCCAGCUGGAUUACGAUGAGGAUACCAAUGAGAUGUUGAAGGAGGCUCAGAGAAGAGUCCAGAAAACUACUGAACAGCAAAGAAAGUAUGAGGAAGAGCAAGAGGCAACGGAAUCAAUGGAUGGAUUGCCAAGGAUGAGCAAAUCCAUGGCAGAAGAAGAGAGGGAUCAGCCUCUGAUUUCUCAAGAAGGGAAAAGUCACCUCCAGAAUCUCCAAAGGCACAAACAGGUUCACUUUUGGACCUUCCAGGAACCGGAUAAUGAUUGCUUUAGGGAAUCUGAAGAGCCAAAAAACCAUCCACUGGGAGCUUCACAUACAGUUGAAAGAGAGGAAAAGCGCAGUGGAGAACCGAAGAGUGAAGAUAGGGAGCUCCAUGAUGAAAAUGAAGAGGAUGAAGAUCUUCAGGAAAUGGGAGACGAGAACCUGAAGAUAACUAACAAUAUGAUGAAGCAGGCCAAUGAGAAGAAAAGGGAAGCCUUUCAUGCACUGGGAGCAGGUGAACUUCAUAAAGCUGUUGACUUGCUUACUGACGCUAUCAGACUGAACCCACAACUUGCUGUCCUGUACGUAAACCGGGCCAGUGUCUACGUGAAGUUGCGGAAACCCAAAGCUGCCAUUAGGGACUGUGACAAAGCUAUAAAAAUCAACCCUAACUCUCCACAGCCCUACCAGUGCCGAGGGAAGGCAUUCCAGCUCUUGGGCCGCUGGAACAAGGCUGCCAAAGACCUUGAACUGGCUUCCCAGCUGGAUUAUGCUGAAGACACCAAUUUCAUGCUAACAGAUGUUCAGAGAAAUGUCCAGAAAAGAAAGCAAAAUGAAGAUAACCUUGAACAAAAGAAAGCUCAAGAAAUCUUGGAAGAGCUGGAGAGAGCACGAAAAAAGGCCCUAGAAGAACUUGAGAGAGCUCAGAAAGAAUUCCUAAAUGAGCAAAAGGAAGUUCAGAAGAAAGCUCUGGAAGAACAAGAGAGGGCUCGGAAAGCCCUGGAGCAACUGGAGAGAUCCCCAAAACAGUACGUUGCAAGACAAGGGAACUUGAAGAAGAAAGUCUCCGUGCACUGGGAAAGACCCGAAAUAAACCUUCCCGAGGAAAAGGUGCAAAUUCAGAAAAAUAUCAAGGAAGAGUGUGGGCCACUUGGCAAUAUAUUCUCUGGAGAAUUGGAAAUAACUCAGAAGAAGGACCUAAAAGAUCAGGCAAAAGCUUCUCUUCAGCAGGGGGGAGAUUGGGAUAAAGAAGCAGAUGAAGAGACUACAGGUCAGAGGGCUGUUGGAGAGGAAGGGCCCAGUGCUGACAGGAGCACAGACGAAUCAAAGGGCUCAUUGAGGCCCAUUGCCAAGUCCAUUUGGGACUUCUUUGAAUCGGGCUAG